ACUAAGGUCACUGCUGUCACUCGGUAGCUAACCAGCCGAAGGAAGCGGAGGAGACCCAGCGAAGGAAAGGUGCAGUAAAGAACCGGCAACAACCAGGCAACAUGUCUCUGUCUAACAAACUCACCCUGGACAAGGUGGACGUCAACGGGAAGCGCGUCGUCAUGAGGGUUGACUUCAAUGUUCCAAUGAAGGACAAGCAGAUCACAAACAACCAGAGGAUCAAGGCGGCUGUUCCCUCCAUCCAGCACUGCCUGGACCACAAGGCCAAAUCCGUCGUGUUGAUGAGUCAUCUGGGCCGACCUGACGGAAACCCUAUGCCUGAGAAGUACUCCCUGGAGCCCGUCGCCGCAGAGCUCAAGACCCUGCUGGGGAGGGACGUCACCUUCCUGAAGGACUGUGUGGGUGCGGAGGUGGAAGCUGCCUGCGCCAACCCCGCCACCGGAUCCGUCAUCCUGCUGGAGAACCUCCGCUUCCACGUCGCCGAGGAGGGAAAGGGCAAGGACGCCUCCGGAAACAAGACCAAAGCCUCCCAGGCUGAUAUUGACUCCUUCAGGGCGUCUCUGUCCAAACUGGGAGAUGUGUACGUCAAUGACGCCUUCGGCACGGCGCACAGAGCCCACAGCUCCAUGGUGGGAGUGAACCUGCCUCAGAAGGCGGCUGGUUUCCUGAUGAAGAAGGAGCUGGACUACUUCGCCAUGGCUCUGGAGAAACCUCAGAGGCCCUUCCUGGCCAUCCUCGGAGGAGCGAAGGUGAAAGAUAAGAUCCAGCUGAUCAACAACAUGUUGGAUAAGGUCGAUGAGAUGAUCAUCGGCGGCGGCAUGGCCUUCACCUUCCUCAAAGUCCUCAACAACAUGGAGAUCGGUACUUCCCUGUUUGACGAGGAGGGUUCUGGUAUCGUCAAGGACCUGAUGGCCAAAGCAGAGAAGAACGGCGUCAAGAUCACGCUGCCCGUCGACUUUAUCACUGCCGACAAGUUCGACGAGAAAGCCACCACUGGCACCGCAACCGUCGCUGCUGGCAUCCCCGCUGGCUGGAUGGGUUUGGACUGUGGACCAGAGAGCUCCAAGGCCUAUGCAGAGGCUGUGGGCAGGGCCAAGCAGAUCGUGUGGAACGGCCCAGUUGGUGUGUUCGAGUGGGACAACUUUGCCAAGGGGACGAAGAACCUGAUGGACAAAGUGGUGGAGGUGACCAAAUCAGGCUGCAUCACGAUCAUUGGUGGGGGCGACACCGCUACCUGCUGUGCCAAGUGGAACACAGAGGACAAGGUCAGCCAUGUGAGCACAGGAGGCGGAGCCAGCCUGGAGCUGCUGGAGGGUAAAGUCCUGCCAGGUGUGGACGCACUGAGCAGCGUCUAAACUUCCCAUCAACCUGCUGGUGUUUGGGUGAAUGUGUGUGGAAGUGCGAGAGGUGUGUAGCUACUCAGCCCGACUCCUGUUUUCUCUCAAACGUCAUUAAACACACCUGCUUUUCCAGCCAUUUCAUCUUUUAUUCAGUCUGUUUUUCUAAGUUUACUUUGCCUCAGAUGUAUCGAUGUAGAGCCUUCUGCCUUACUCCAACACGCUGAUGAAACUCUGCGGGUAGAGAAGUUCAACCUUCAAGACAUAAAAAGAUCAAAUGGCUCGUAAAGAUGGGAGUUGUUUCCUGUUGACCUGCUGAAUAAACGGCUCAAACACAGCAGACACGGUGUUACUGUCACCUGGAUCUGGGUUUAAUCUGGCCGUUCACCCCUGAGACACUCAAGCACUGGCUCGUAUGUGUGUGUGAAUGUGUGUACUGCUGCGUCACUGAAACAUCACUGCCCCACCCUCAGUGUGUAUACAUACAGUAUAUAUAUAUAUGUAAAGAAACGGUUUAUGUGAUGUGUGCGUAGGCGUUAUGUUUUCGUCGGCUCUGGUCAUCUGUCUUUAAUGCUGGUUGUUGGUUUCUAAGCGGCUUCAGAUGGAGACGUGGCGUCUAAUCUGUUCAGAUUAAUAAAACCGUCUCUGUGUAAAAA